GCAGUGAAUUUUGGAACACGUUGCGAUUAUAACCUCAAAUUAAGUAGAACACAACCAAGAAUAGAAUAUUGCAGCAGUGUACGAGAAAAAGUUUAUUGCCGGAAAUUAUCAUGUCACUUGCACGAAGAGGACAGCAUUGGGGAACAUUUGCCCGUAUUUGGCACGUUUAUGAUGCAAAAUGGCAGGAUCCAUAUCGAAGUGCAAAAUUAUUAAAGGACUAUCUCAUGGGAUUGUAUAAACCAAUAUAUCAUCCAUUGAAUGAUUGUGGCGAUCAUGUAGUAGUAAUAAACAGCAAGGAGAUUGCCUUACGUGGCGAUGAGUGGCGAAAACGUGUAUAUUUUCAUCAUACAACGUAUCAUGGAGGUGCUACUUGGACUCUCGCAUGGGAGUUACAUAACAAGGAUCCAACUUUGAUUGUGGAAAAGGCUGUAUAUAGCGCAUUGCCAAAAAACUUACAACGGAGACACACUAUGCAAAGACUACACAUAUUUCCAAACAACAAGAUACCUAAGGAUAUAUUGGAAAAUAUUAGCAAUCAGAUUAAACAGCUAAGACCUGUUCCAGUUCGACUAGAUCAUAUUCCAAAGGAAGAAGUAGAUAACUUCCCACAACUUUUAAAGUAUCCCAAAGAUUACGUCCUUAGAUAAUAAGUUUUACAUAGAUAUAAUUAUUAUUUAAUGUAAAUAUAUUUAAA